AUGGUGUCAUUACUGCUGGUGAUGUCACGGGGUCAGCCAUUUUGUGUCCCUCCGCCAGUGGUGUCUGCUUCCCCCUCAGAUCAAGGGCAAGCCGUGACAUCACUUCCAUUGAUGUCAUCACUCCCAGUUUCCUCCACUGCUCUGCCUUGCUCAUCUGUGUCAUCAUCGUUUACUCCUGUGACGUCAUCACUGCCAUCCAGUUCGCUGCAUCUCCCGUUCAUGUCGUUUGCUCCUUCUCUUGGUGAUCUGUCUGAGGCUUUAUGUCAGGCAGUUCUUAAGAGAUUGGACUCUGUUUUAGAAGAUAGGUUUGCUGCCAUGUCGGCUGGGAGGACUGGAAGCAAGUGUGUUGCGUCGCCCCCGCCUCCUGCGAAGAGAUUGUGUAAGGUGUCAGUGCUGUCUUCCUCUCCUUUUCCCCCAUCUCCGCUGCGUCGGUGUAUCAAGCAUUGGAAGCUUAAGGACUUUGCCCUUUCUUUGUCUGCGGGUGAGGAGCUGCUUGCCCAUGUUCCUGAGAGUGUUAGUAUUUCAUCCCCUGUGCGUUCUGCAGCGGCUGCUUUGUCUUAUGCAUCAAGUCGCAAAUGUGUUGCAACCUCCCACAUUUGUGCACAUGUUGCCAAUUCUUCUGCUUCUCCAACACCAGGGCCAAUUCGUUGCUUGUUUUCUUUAACCAUUUUAGGGGACUCGACAGAAUUUCGAGCACAUAAUAACUCGGUAAGAUCAGUGCACUUCUCUCCCGAUGGUCAACAGUUAGUGACUGGCUCUGAUGAUAAGACCAUAAAGAUAUGGAAUGUCCAUCGACAUAAAUUUGUUUGUUCAUUGCCUACGCAUACAAACUGGGUACGAUGUGUUCGUUUUUCACCUGAUGGCCGUAUGCUAGUCUCGUGUGCCGACGAUAAAACAGUUAAGCUUCAUGAUAUUCACACUGCCAGUACUCUGCACAGUUUCCCAGAUCUUAGAGGAUCAUCCACUCAUGUCGCAUUUCAUCCAUCUGGUACCUGCAUUGCUGCAGCAAAUUCUGAUAAUUCUGUUAAAAUUUAUGACAUAAGGACACGCAAGCUUUUGCAACAUUAUGAUGCCCACUCUGGUCCUGUCCUCUGCUUAUCAUUCCAUCCAUCUGGUCAUAUUCUGUUAACAAGCUCUGCAGAUGGAACCUUGAAAAUAUUAGAUUUAUUAGAAGGUCGCCCUAUUUAUACACUACAUGGACAUCAGGGUGCUGUUCCAUCCUGUGACUUUGCUGCUGAUGGAGAGUAUUUUGCAUCAGGUGGCAAUGACAAACAGGUAAUGGUGUAUAAAACCAACAUCGAGUCAGUGGAGUUGUGUGAAACCUUGUCCGUCACAGAGGAUUCUCGUUACCAUAAGCCUCAUGACAUAACUGUAUCGGUACCAGCAGAAGAAGAUUCAGAUGAUGAUGUAGCUGUCAUUGGAACUCAUGAUGGAAGUCAAGCACACCAACAGCAAGACACAAAAAACCGUCAGGUUUGUUAGCUUUUGUUUUUA